AUCACGUGAUUUAGAAGGGACUGGAACGUGUGGAGUUGUGGACUCUGUGAUAAAUGAUGUAUCGAGAGGAUUAUGAUGGCCUUCCUUAUCCUUCCCGUUAUCGUGACUACUAUGAAAGAGAAAUAGGACGUUAUGGUGAGAGGGAGAGACACUCUAGAGGCUACAGCCCGCCGUUAGACGAUCCUUAUUACCGUGGUGGCCCUGGUGGGAGUGGUCGUCGUGAUGAUCCCUUCAUACGUCCUGGCCCUAUCAGGGAAAGGGCCAGAGAUCUUGCUAAAGGAGCAUAUGUUCAAGGAUUAGUCACUAUUGCCCCUCCUCCUCCCUUUCAAUCCACUGCUCCCACUCGAGAGAAACCCUCAAAUUGUAAUACAGUUUUUGUGGGUACCUUGCCUGAAAGUACCACAGAAAAGCAUCUUUAUGAUAUAUUCUGUGAGUGUGGCCCGAUACAAGAUGUACGUAUGGCUCGUAACAAGACCUACGGGCAUGUUGAAUUUAAAUACGAGAGCUCAGUUGAUAAAGCAAUCCAAUUGAAUAAAUGCACUGUAUACGUGACCAGCACUAAUGGAGAUGAGUUCUCUUCUAAUAUUCAAGUUGACUAUGCUCAGUCAAGGGAGCUCUCUGAUGCCAAGCGUCGUAUGAAAUCUGGUGAUAUUUUACCUUUUAAUGCUGCCAAUGCUCAAAUCGUAUCGACUGAUUUGCGUAACGAUGACACAUUUGAGUAUGCAGCAAGAAACCUCAUCCAGUGGAUGGAGAAGGGAAAUUGUACGUCUACUACUGCAGGGACAUUCUUUGGUCUUUUAAGCUCCGUUAAUAAUCACUGCUUCAAGCUGGAGAAGGAAAUGAAGGCAAAGGAUAGAGAUGAAGAGGAGUUUUACAUGAAGAAAAGGAGCCAACUUCAACAGCUGGUGGUUCAAUGUGGAACUCUUGAUGCUGUUUUUGAAGCUACUUCUGUUAAGAAGACUUGGGAUCAUUUUACCAAGCCGCAGCGUAAGACCCUCUCCCAAUGGAAAGACCACAUUAAAGAACUGGAGACAAGUAUUAAGACAAACAUCAAGAAAUCAGUGCCAAGGAAAGAUGAUACAGAUGAACCAGCUGCAAAGAAACAAAAGCAAGAUGACAGCAAUAAUGAGUCUUCUGAUACCAUGGGUGAUAUAGAGAGACAGUUGUCAAGGGCAGGUCAAGAGAUUGAGCAGUUAAAGGUUGAUCAUGAAGUGGCAGUUGAAAAGAAAGAGAAACAAAUAUUGCAAUUGAAGACCUUGCUGGCAAAAUUCAAGAAGAACUGCCCUGAUGAAUGGGAGAAAAUAGUGAGAGGGUCUGCUAGCACUCAACAGAGUAAUGAUGAGAAGCAAUCCCAGGUAACAGGUGUAGAGACAGAGGAGCAGCCAGAGGUUAAGGAAGAAAGUGGGGAUGAAGGAGAUUGGGAAGUGAUUGAUGGCGUGAGCAUGGAUGAUCUCAAUCGUGCAUUAGACAAUGGAACAAUUGGCGGGGAGAGUUUGGCUGCAGCUGCUGCUGCUUAUGCUCAGCUUAGGACGCAAAUGGGAUCAACAGCAGAAGAAAACACAACAGGAUUGAGUGAUACUGAUAUUGCCCUAAUUUCCGUAAUGGCUGCCUUUUUGACUGUUCAUCCUUUAGGAGCCAGUUUUGAAGAGAUUGAGAUGUACUUUAGGACAUUGAACUCAACCUACAACUCCAUUUAUCUGGAGUCCCUCCUCCACAGGUUGCCAGGAGUCUUCCAGCUCUCUCAAGGAGCAGAUAAGAAGCCACGUUGGUGGUUCAUGGGAUUCCAGACAGUCUCCGUGUCUCAAUUUGCUUCCAGGGGUAUGGCUGAUCAAAGUGAUGCAACCCUGGAACAGAAUCAGGUGGUUGACAUGGUUGAUGUAAAGGACUGAGACAUUGUGUACUCUAUUGUAAUCAGUAUUCUGCUUAUAGUUCUUUUUUGAAAAAAACUUGUAAAUAAAUUUUAUUUUGCAUUACUUAUGCAGAAAUUAAAUGUA